AUGCAAAGAUACAGUACUAUAACGGUAUUGAGAUUACCAGAUUGUAAUAUAAAUGCAUUCGGCGUGAUGCAAAUCGCGGAAAUGUUAAGGAACAUCGGAUGCGUGCGAGACUUAAAUUUAGACAUGAAUCCGAACGUGCAAGAAAAUUAUCAUUUGCUCUGCACAUCCAGAGGAAGACUUUGCAAAAUAACCGAUACCGGAGUGGAGAAAAUCGCGAGGGAACUGCAAUAUCGAGAUCCACCUAAUAAUCCGAAAUUGCUCAUUUUAAACUUGGCAAAUAAUCACGUCACGAAGGAUGGCGCUGUACACUUGGGACAAAUGCUUCGAACGAAUAGGUCUCUGAGAUGUCUAGUUUUACUCGGGAAUAGAAUAUGCGACGAGGGUGCAUCAUCGAUACUCCAAGAACUUAAAAGAAUCACCUUAAGCCACGAAGAAAUCGUAGAACUCCGUCGAAGAAAGUUCGCUGAACUAGCGUUACUGGAUGAAUGGGUAAUCAGAUAUUUACCUAAAAUCGUUCAUUCGACACCCUGAAACCCAUACGGUUUUCAUUUAAUUCCGAAAAA